CGGUUAAUGGCUGGCAACAAAAUAUCUGUGUUUGUCAACAAAUAUUGCUUUGACGCAUGUAUCAUGUGAAUGUAGACAAUAACAAGCUGUCUUUUAUUUUCCAUAACCCCGCUGGUGUUGUUAUGCGGGUUUGGUAACUCUCGUUAGCUCGCUGGAGCGCAGGCCACAUAUCGUUAGCUUGUUUGGGCUAGUUAGCGCGUUAGCCGUGUUCACUCAUUUCUGCUGCUUAGUUGGCAACUCAGUGGCUAACUGACAACAUUAGCUCUUCAGCACUCGAGGAUUCACAAGAACGUCUCUUCUUUGCGGUCUUUACGUUCGUAAAAUGUACUUUUACAAAGGGAACACAACGUACCAAAAUAUGUUCGGAGUUCAUCUUACCAACAUAUUAUAAAGUGAUAAGCAGCUGAUGUUCCGCCUGUUUCCUCUCAACGCAAACUUUGAUAUGCUCUGCAUUGAUACUUGGACUCAAGGAAUGCCUGUCAUAUCUCUGCAAAACCACCUGGAGUGGACGCAAAGGAUGGAAACCGAUGCCAGACACCGCCUCACUAUUACCAGCUAGGGUCGUGUGCAUCUGUCUUUCUCCCAAGGAACGUGGUUGGAUUUAAGGAAGAUUUCCAAAUGAUGUCUUCAUCCUGAAUUGCAUUGACCUUGGAUUGUCUGCUAUACCUUCCCUGCCUUUAAAAGCAGUUAAUGUUUAGUUUAAUCUAUAUGUGUAGAGCCGUGUUGUGGAUAAGCCAUUCCCUCCACUCUCUUUCUCUCUAAAUUCCUCUCCUCCAUCCCGUUCCCCGUGCCCCUGUUGUUAGUUGUUUUGGUGGCUCUGUGAUUUUAUGGCAGUGGAGUAAUCGUGGAGAGGCCGGGGUAUCACAAGCUUAUGGAUUUUGAUAAGAGAGGAGUAGGAGGAGGAGGAAAAGGGGAGGCGGAGGAAGGAAAGAGAAUGUCUAAGACUGGUGGGAGCAGGACAGGGCAUGGGGGUGGCCGAGGGUCUGGGUCCAAUUCUGGGGUGCUUAUGGUUGGCCCUAAUUUCCGAGUGGGAAAGAAGAUCGGCUGCGGUAACUUUGGAGAGCUUCGACUCGGGAAAAAUCUUUACACCAAUGAAUAUGUGGCCAUUAAACUGGAGCCAAUCAAAUCCAGAGCACCCCAGCUCCAUCUCGAGUACAGGUUUUACAAACAGUUGGGGAGCUCAGAGGGUGUUCCUCAGGUGUACUAUUUUGGGCCUUGUGGGAAAUACAAUGCUAUGGUGCUGGAGCUGCUGGGCCCCAGUCUGGAGGACCUGUUCGACCUCUGCGACAGAACUUUUUCCCUCAAGACUGUCCUCAUGAUCGCAAUUCAGCUGAUCACACGGAUGGAGUAUGUGCACACAAGAAGUCUGAUCUACAGGGACGUUAAGCCCGAGAACUUUUUGGUGGGCCGGCCAGGGACCAAGAGGCAACAUAUAAUCCACAUCAUCGACUUUGGGCUUGCCAAAGAAUACAUUGACCCUGAGACCAAAAAACACAUCCCUUACAGGGAGCACAAAAGCUUAACAGGGACAGCUCGCUACAUGAGCAUCAACACACACCUGGGGAAGGAGCAAAGCAGACGGGACGAUUUGGAGGCGCUGGGUCAUAUGUUUAUGUACUUCCUACGAGGCAGUCUGCCCUGGCAAGGUUUAAAGGCUGACACACUGAAGGAGCGCUAUCAGAAAAUUGGAGAUACCAAAAGGUCAACCCCUAUAGAAGUGCUCUGUGAGAGUUUCCCUGAAGAAAUGGCCACCUACCUGCGCUACGUCCGGAGACUGGAUUUCUUUGAAAAACCAGAUUACGACUACUUGAGAAAGCUCUUUACAGACCUCUUUGACAGAAAUGGCUAUGUCUUUGACUAUGAAUAUGACUGGGUUGGUAAGCCACUGCCGACUCCAAUAGGACCCAUGCCUAGUGACACACCUCUGCAGCCCAGCAGCAGAGACAAAGCACAACCCCAGACCAAAAACCAGGUUAUGAGCUCAACCAACGGAGAAGUGAAUACAGACGAUCCCACAGCGGGACACUCCAACGCUCCCAUAACUGCCCCUGCUGAAGUAGAGGUGGCUGAUGAUACAAAGUGCUGUUGUUUCUUCAAGAGGAGGAAGAGGAAAACGCUCCAGCGGCACAAGUGAGGAGGGGCCUCUUUGAAACGUUAAGAGUCACUGGUGCGUUUAAACUAAAAACAAAAGCAAAGGACUUGAGCUGAAACGUGGAGUUCUCUCCCUUUCUGUCUCUGCUCCACCUCAGAAUAGAAACUCACUGCCUCACGUUUGGCAUCUGCUCAGAGAGGACCCCUCAGUACUCUGACAACCUUUGUAAGGAAACAAUUCAGUGGAACAAAUAAAUAUAUUUGUACAAUGUUGGAGACCAGAAGAGACUUCAGUGGUCAGAAAUAAGAUGAUAUAUGUUAUGUGACUUAAACCCAGAUGGACUGUUUAAUCUUGUAUUUUAGAUGACAUGCAAAACUGUUAUUUGAGAACUAAAAGGCAACCAGGCUCAGACUUACACACAGACAUCUGUUCACUUUGACGCUGGCUGGAUGAGUGAUCCAAGGUGUUUUUGUUUUUUAUGGGAUCAAAAUAGGUGGGGAAAGACUCGUUGACUGACGUAUGGAGAAAAGUACACAGAUUCAGACAACCAAUGUAAAUUCUGUCUUUCCUUUUUGUUUUUGUAAUUUAAAAAGUUGUUUUGAAGGUCUGCUCGCCCAGUUUUACUCAUGUUAUAGAAUGUGUGAACAUUUCUUUUUUUUUAACCGUUCUUAGUGUUUUUUUAUUUGCUCUUUUUUUGUUUUCUUCCUCUUUUUUUUCCUGUUGAUGUGGAUGAUGUUCUUGUAGCACAGUGGCUGGUCUCAGGUACUGUGGGAGAUGGAGAGAAAUGCAUUGGAUCUCUCCUAUGUGAAUUGCACUUUUGGGGGGAGAAAAGCAACCGUUCGGCAUUGAAAUGAACAGAAAGCAACAGAAAUAAAAGGCAGAUGUUGGAUCAUUUAUACAGCAGGCUGGUCUCUCCCAAAGGGACAGAAGUGAUUCUCUCAGUCAAAAUUGUGCUUUUUCAUUUCUUUUUCACUUUAGAUUAAUUUACCUGGGAAUCAUAGUUUGUGCCUUUCCAAGUAAAACAUUUAACACUAAUGUGUCCCUCUCUAUGGUUCCUAUCCAGGUGAAGUGUCCAUGGCCCUCUCAGAUUGUUUGUUCUCUACUGUGUGCUCCAUGCCAGUCUAAUGGAGCCUGUUGGCAUUUCUCUGAUUUUAUUUUUUUUUUCACUGUUGUAAAGUGCAUCACAGCAAAGCUCCACGAUGUGAGUCUGUGGGUUUAUACGCAGUAACAGAGGUUGCCUAUCAGAAUGAGGAUGUGUAUUGAUUUACAUGCCUAUUAAAUGUUGCUUUCCUUUUA